AUGGCAACCACCGAGACCAUAAGCCUUGACAUGGCUAUUGCCGCUUUGCGUAACGCCAAAGCCGCCGGCGAAAUGCUGAACGAUGACCGUCUCGCCGCUAUUUUCGAACAACACCUCCCCCGCCCGAAAGAGUAUCACCUAGUUAUCACCCCCUCAGGUACCCUUUACAAUAAGCUCGGCGGCACUAUGAAAACCUUGAAUGCGGACAGCCGCACCAUCAUCGUUGUCAUGUACGGAGGCAUCGUCGGAGGGCAGUCCUGGCCGAAGGAAUACCUCGUCGAAAAGUUUGGCCCAUUCUUCGAUACUACUGGAACAUAUGAAAAGAACCCUGGAUGCCUCCAAGCUACGAUUAACUUGCAGCGAAUGGGAAACGGCACCUUUAUGAUUAAAGGUGACGUUGUUAUUCGCACGAGAGCCGAUGAAAAAGAGGACGGAUCUUCUAUGGCUAUUCUAUACGAAGAGCUCUUUAUCGGACGCCUUAAUCUUCUCAUGGGUAUGUCCGAAGUGUCUACCCUCUUCCAUAACAGUGGAAUCGAGCAUGACGACACCUGGAAGACCAGGUCUACGCUUGGUGACAUGAAGCCCACCCAGAGCUGGUUGUGGGAGCUUGGCCAUGCACGACACCGCGCCAUAGCGUCAGAAGAAGACUCCUCUGAAGAUGAGGACUAUAAGGACGUGGAAGAUACCGUUGCGAAGUUGGAAAGAAUACAGGGAGGUCCGUCGACGGGGACCUGGAUGGACUUGGGAUGGUGGGCGGAUCGUAUCGAGGGCGUUAAGGAGGAUUCAAACUGA